AUGCUUCUAUCUUUUGCUGUUUGUCUUAGCAACAUCUGUCGCCGUUUCCCAAUGUUUAGUUCAGACAGACUCAUGGUGCCUGAGCGGGUCAGUCGGUUUCAGCCCCGUCGAAUGACUUCUGACCCAAGGGCCAUUUCACCAGGCCUUAAUGCGGAUGUCCAGGCUGUGCUAGAAAGCUCUUUGCCGGAACUACGCUCUGCUAUAAGAACACUUAGGUCUUCUAGAGAAACUGAUAAUUUGACAGACACACGCAGGGCCAUUGCUGAGAUAUUUCAGCUUGUAGAGGAGGCCUGGGUUUUACCUGCUGUUGGCCGCCAAGUGGCUGAAGAGAUCUGCAACAGAAUACGACUGGACGGAGGUCUGGAGUUGCUGCUACAGCUGCUGCAGACACCUGCUGUGGAAAUCACAUAUGAGACGGCCAAGCUGCUUGAGCAGAUUCUGAUCUCAGAGAACAGAGACUAUGUGGCUCGUAUGGGCCUCGGCGUGAUCCUGAACCUGACCCGUGAGCAGGAGGACGCCCAGCUGGCACGCAGCAUCUCGGGCAUUCUGGAGCACAUGUUCAAGCACACGGAAGAGACGUCGGCCCAGCUUAUCAACGACGGAGCCCUGGACGCUCUGCUGUUCUGGUGUCGCGGGACAGACCCGACAGUUCUGCGCCACUGCGCUUUGGCUCUGGCCAACUGUGCCAUGUACGGUGGUCACAGGUGUCAAAAGCUGAUGAUUGAGAAGCAGGCAGCCGAUUGGCUCUUCCCGCUGGCCUUCUCCAAAGAGGACGAGCUGAUCCGCUUUCAUGCCUGCUUGGCUGUGGCUGUACUAGCUGCUAACAAGGAGGUGGAGAGCGAGGUGGUGAAGUCAGGGACGCUGGAGCUGGUGGAACCGUUCAUCGCCUCACUUGACCCAGAUGAGUUUGCACGCAGCCUGCAGGACAGUGCUGACAGUGUGCAGGGACGCACCGCUGCUGACUUGCAGCACUUGUUGCCUCUUCUAGAUGGCACGCGGCUGGAGGGCAAAUGCAUCUCGGCUUUCUACCUCUGCGUAGAGAGCAGCAUUAAGUCCCGGCAGCGCAAUACCAAGAUAUUUCAGGAGAUUGGUGCAGUGCAAAGCCUGAGAAGAAUCGUCAUGUACUCCAGUAAUGGCACCAUUCUUUCACUGGCCAAAAGAGCAUUGAGACUGAUGGGUGAAGAUGUUCCACACCGGAUUGUCUCCUCUGUUCCUAACUGGAAGACUGGAGAGGUACAGACGUGGCUGCAUCAGAUUGGCUUCAGUGCUUUCAGUGAUCGGUUUCAGGAACUGCAGGUGGAUGGAGACCUGCUACUCAAUAUCACAAAGGAGGAUCUCAUUAAUGAUCUGGGUAUGACCUCUGGACUCACACAGAAAAGGUUUCUGCGGGAUCUGUGCGUCCUAAAGACCCAUGCCAACUACUCCAUGUGCGACACCAAUAACCUGGCAGACUGGCUGUCAGACAUAGAUCCGCGCUUCCGUCAGUACACCUAUGGUCUGGUCCAGUCAGGCGUUGACCGGAACAACAUACUUCAAAUAACAGAUGAGCAACUUCAUUUCGACUGCCAUGUGGAGAACGGAAUCCAUCGGGCACAGAUCAUUGCUGCUGCCCGCCGGCCUGCAAAACCCUGCUUCACUGACUUGCAUAGAGCAGGCCCAGAUGUGUUCAUCAGCUAUCGCCGCACCACUGGAUCUCAGCUCGCCAGUCUGCUGAAGGUGCACUUGCAGGUGCGAGGCUAUAGUGUUUUCAUCGAUGUGGAAAAGCUGGAGGCAGGCAAAUUCGAGGAGAAGCUGAUAACCAGUGUGCAGCGAGCUCGAAACUUCAUCCUGGUGCUGUCAGCUAACACUCUGGACAAAUGCAUGGGUGACACUAACAUGAAAGACUGGGUGCAUAAGGAAAUCGUCACUGCCCUCGGUGGAAAGAAGAAUAUAGUCCCUGUCACUGACAACUUUCUGUGGCCUGAUCCCAACUCUCUUCCAGAGGACAUGCGCUCCAUUCUCAAAUUUAACGGCAUCAAGUGGUCCCAUGAGUAUCAAGAAGCCACAAUUGAUAAAAUUCUGCGAUUCCUCAACGGAGGUCCUAGUCAGGAACAGCUCGAUAGUUCGAAGACCUGCAUGGAACCAGAGCAGAACAAUUCUGCCCCUCACCAGUGCUGAGCCUUCCUACAGAUCACAUACAGCUUCUCUUUUGGUUCUUAAUAUGUAAAGUACUCUGUGUCCAUGCUGUAAUUGUACAUAUUUGUUCUUUAUUACUCAGGAACAUACAUACAUUAUUAAUCCAUUGUAUGUAUUUAGCUCAUGUGACUAUCUAACCUCUGCAUCUUUAUGAACUAUAUAACGAAAUCAGGGCAUUAUGGCUGAAUAACUGACAUUAAAACUGGCUUGUGCAACUGAAAUCUGGAAAAAGACAAAUCUGUGCUAGCUUUACAGCCAUUAUUCUCUACUUCCAAACUUGAAAAUUCCUCAUUAGUGGUGCAGCAAUACUAUUCCAGUAUCUUCCAAAACCACAGCCAUUCCUAACAGUAUCUAAUUUCGAAUAUUACAUGAUACAUGCUUUAACAUCCUGAUCAUUAUAAACAUAAAAUCUAAAAAAGACCAUUGUUAAUAGAGUUGGUAUUGUGGCACAGGUAAACAGUUGCCAUAAAGCAAUAUGGACUGAAGGCACCUAGGUUUGAUUAUUGUUUCUGGACUUCUCUUCAUGUUUUUUCACCUCUCAGACAUACAGAAAUGAUUACUAAAAUACUGCCCACUUGUGUAGGUUUGUGUUGCCUUGUACUGGAUUGGUGCUCUGUGCAGGGUGUGUUUCUGCCUUGUGCCCAGUGUUUUAAGGUGUCACUGGACCCACCAUGACCCACCAUGACAAUGACCAAAAUAAAAUGUUUAUUGUCAAAUACAAUAAAACAUUUCAAGUUUAAAUAAA